CGUUUUAAGUUAAGGUUGGAGUAUUGUUGAAGGAAAAGAUCCUAGACUUUUUGAUAAAUAACUUAAUUACUUUGUGCAAAUACUAGAUUCAUAGAUGUAAGUUUUUUUUCAUAGAUGUAAGGUUAAACUUCAGUUCAGUAUUUCCGGUUUGAGAGUGGAGUUCCACUCGCCCGUGGUCUGCAGCCAGACCCUUCUCACAUCGACAGCCACUUCGGAUCUGGAUCACUCAUUUUAACUACUUUUUCUAGAAGGUUUUUCUGAAAGGAAUUGUUUCUCAGGCUAAUGCAAUGAUACUGCUUCUGCUCUUCGGAGCUCAUCUGGUCUCUGCUGGAACACACUCUCUGAGAUACGUCUACACUGCUGUGUCUGGAGUCAAUGACUUCCCAGAGUUCACAGCGGUCGGUCUGGUAGAUGAAGGGCCGUUUAUGUAUUUUGACAGCAAGAUGAUGAAAGCUGUGCCAAAGACAGAGUGGAUGAGACAGAGUGAAGGAGCAGAUUAUUGGGACAGAGAGACUCAGAUCGGUAUUAGCCACCUUCAGAGCUUCAAAAACAACAUCUGGAUCCUAAAGGCCCGCUUCAACCAGACGACAGGUGUUCACACAGUCCAGUGGAUGUACGGCUGUGAGCUGGAUACUGAUGGCACCAAACGAGGAUACAUGCAGUUUGGUUAUGAUGGAGAGGACUUCAUCAGUCUGGAUAAGGACACCCUCACCUGGACUGCUGCUAAUCCUCAAGCUGUCAUUACCAAACACAAAUGGGAGGCUGAUAGAGCUUUCUUAGAACAAAGGAAAGCAUAUCUGGAGAACACAUGCAUUGAGUGGCUGCAGAAGUAUGUGGGAUAUGGGAAGGACACUCUGGAGAGAAAAGUCUCUCCUCAGGUGUCUGUGCUGAAGAAGUCUUCCUCGUCUCCAGUCGUGUGUCAUGCUACAGGAUUUUACCCCAAAGAAGUAACAAUCUCCUGGAUGAAGAAUGACCAAGAGCAUCAUGAUGAUGUGGAUCUUGGUGAACUUCUUCCCAAUGAGGACGGGACCUUUCAGAAGACGAGCGAACUCAGAGUUACUCCUGAAGAGCUGAAGAACAACCAGUUCAUCUGUGUGGUGGAGCACCAGGGCAAAACCUUCAGAGAGAUCCUGACAGACGAUUCUCUUCCCAUCAUCAUCAUUGUUGGUGUUGUUCUGGCUCUGAUUCUGUUGGCUGUCAUCGGUGUCGUUGUGUUUAAAGUGUAUCAGAAAAAGAAAGGCUUCAGACCUGUCAAUGCCUCUGAUGAUGGUUCAAACAGCUCAGCUCGUACAGAUCCACAAGCAUAAAGAUGGGACUAGAAGUGUUGGAGAGAUGAAGUCGAAAAAAAGAAGCUUAUCCUGCUGUCCAUCUUGCUUUCAGCACUGAACACAAACACUCAUAUCCAGGGGCGUAGAUUACGCGGGGGACACGGGGGACAUGUCCCCCCCCCCCCACUUUUAAUAUCAUGGAAAUUCGUCUCCCUGCACUUUUUCAGCCAAAUGUGUUCGCAUAGAUGUUUUCAAGAGCUGGUGUGAAUAAAUAUAGAUUUAAACUCAAAGAGACAGGAUAGUCUGCUCAUGAUCUGAUAUUUUAUUCGGACCCAGAAUCGCUAAACUCUCAUGAAGUGUGUGUUUCAUUCAUCCUCGAAGCCGGAGCGCGCUCUCGCGCAGAAAGUCUCAGGAAACUCCUAAUAUGGGCAACAGCGUCCAGCUAUCACUGUAUGAAAACAGUUGUUUUGACAGAAGAACAGAAACUUUUGGAAACAUGAAGACGAUUAUACGAUUGCGACAAUAUAUGGUUUUUCAAGUCAUCUCCAGCAGGUGAUAAAUACAGUGUAUCAACAAAACAGUGCUAAUUGACAGAUUUAUUACGGUAUAGAAACUAUUUUGCCUUAUUAUGUGAUAAAUAAGUGUUUGUAGUAUAUAACAAAAAUCAUUAUUAUUUGUUAUUGUCAAGCAGUUAUAGAUUUCUAAGCUAAUUAAAAGCUAGAAAUUAGAGAAUAAUUAAAGUUCCCUAUAGUAUCCACUACCAGUCAAGUCUCUUCUGUUCACCAAGCCUGCAUUUAUUUGAUCCAAAGUACAGCAAAACAGUAAACAGAAAUAUUUUACUAGACUUUUUUAAAAUAACUGUUUUCUAUUUGAAUAUAUUUCAAAAUGUUAUUUAUUGAGAUUUUAAAGCUUGCUAAAUAAAAGUAUUCAUUUCUAUAAUUUAUUUUCCAAAAUAAAUCUAUAUUUUUGAAUGAUAUACUGUAUAAUGUUGCAAAGGCUUUUUAUUUCACAUAAAUGCUGAUCUUUGGAUCCUUCUAUUCACCAAUGAAUGCUUUAAAAAAAUGUACUCAUAUGUUUUAAAUAUGAUAAUCAGCAAAUCAGCAUAUUAGAAUGAUUUGAUUUCUUAAGGAUGUGACACUGGAGUACUGAUGCUGAACAUUCACCUUUGAUCACAGGAAUAAAUUACAUUUUAAAAUACAUUCAAAUAGAAAAUAGUUAUUUUAAAUUGUAAA